CCGGUUGCCAACACAAGGCAAGGUAGGUGUCGUGCGUGAACCACAUGGUUUUUCUAGUUUAUUUCCUAGUGUAAUCAUUGAAUCUAGUGAAAUAUUUGUGAUUUCUAGUGUAAAAGAUGCGUUCCGUCACACUCAAGGAUGUCGAACAAGACAAGGUCGUCAAGGCCCUCGCCGCUCACUUGAAGAAGACCGGCAAAGUCAAGGUACCUGAACACAUGGACCUGGUGAAGACCGCUCGUUUCAAGGAGCUGGCUCCUUAUGAUCCUGAUUGGUUCUACGUACGCUGUGCUGCUGUCCUCCGUCACAUCUACAUCCGCUCCCCAGUUGGAGUCAAGACCGUCACCAAGAUCUUCGGUGGCCGUAAACGCAACGGUGUCACUCCCUCACACUUCUGCAGGUCGUCUGGCAGCAUCGCCCGCAAGUCGCUACAGGCUUUGGAAGCCCUGAAGCUCGUCGAGAAGGUCCAGGAUGGUGGCCGCAUUCUCACCGUGCAGGGCAGGCGUGACCUCGACAGAAUCGCCGCUCAGGUCCGCCUAAAGGCCAAGCAGGCCGCCAGGCAACAGGUCAUCGUUCUUAUAAUUCAAUUUACGAGUUUAGUUGGAUGUGUUUGGAUAUGCAGUGAUAACAAAAUGUUGGAGGCAUUUGGACGUCGAGUCGGUUUGCUCGCGGCAGUGUGUUUAUUUUCAUUUGUAUUGAGUGAGGGACAGCAUGAGUUUACGGGGAGAAAUUUGUACGUGGCAGAAGAUCCUCAGUCUAGGGCUAAAAGAUUUGUGAUAAACAAUAUUCCAGAGAACGAUGAAAGCUCGCAUUUAGAAAGAAGAAAACGCGGUGCUUCAACGUCACUGCCGGCCGCGUUACAGAGAAAUAUUAGUACUUGGACUACCCACCUGAAUGACAGUCAUCAGCAGUUGAUGGUCCACUGGGUGGGAGAGGGCUCCAAUGUCAUCAUCUGUCUGGCCAGAGACUCAAGUCCAAGGAACAAGGGGGUGGUCUCCCCCUCAGCCCUGUUCAUCUCUUAUGACUAUGGCAAGAUGUUCACCAACAAAACUGAGAACUUCAGACUGGGGGAUGCAGAGGACAGUGGUUAUGCACAGUUGGAUAAAUUCUUCAAUCAUCCAAAAUAUCCUGAAUUUUGCGUAUUUGUGGACUCAACGAACAAGAAGCUAUAUUACACCAGCGACAACGGCCGUAACAUCCACAGAUCAGACCUGAACUUCCACCCCAGUGAACUGGCAUUUGAUGAGGAGUUUCCCGACAAAUACGUCAUUUUGGACAAAGUCGAUUCGAAUCGUAAGCUGUACCUAACGUUAGACGGAGGGAAGACGUUUAAGCACAUUCAGAGUUUCGUCAAGACAUUCUUCUGGUCGUCCGGGCCGGAGUUCCCGAAGGCCUUCUACGUGGAGCGGUGGAAGCCUGACGGCACCAGCACAGUCCUCACCGUCCCCGAUCCUAUGGAUAUGACGGCAGCCGUGAAACUGGUGGAGGAUGCCAAAGACUUCCACAUCAAAGGAGAUUUUAUGUUCGCGACGAAGCAGUCGAAGGAGAGAAAUACUCUAGACUUCUACAUCUCACACCAAAGAGGGCCAUUCUUUAAGGCUGAAUUCGAAACGGAACUGGACCUAAGAAAGUUCCACAUCGCAGAUGUUACUGACAAACGUAUAUUCGUCUCUGUCAUGCACACAGAAACCUUAGCGGACCUAUAUGUUUCGGAGAUCAGCAAAAAUUUCACGCAAUACAACUUCGUUUUGAGUAUGGAGCAGAUUCUCUGCUACUUCCCUGAUGGCAACUGGAAAGAUAGCUGGUUGGAAGAUGUGACAGAAGACCCGUUCACGGACCUGUACAGAGUAGAAGGCUUGAAGGGCAUCUACAUAGCGUCUAGAGUGGACUCCAAGGCGCCUGUGGCCAACAUCGGACCAGAACAUCUCAUUUCCCUGAUCACUUUCGACCACGGCGUCACAUGGUCUCCUAUCAAUCCGCCCACGGAAGACGAAAAUGGCAAACCACUGAGCUGCCAUAUCGAGAACUCGUGCAGUCUACACUUGUGCCAGAAAUUCAGUCAACUGUAUCCAGUGACAAGCCCGCCUGGAAAUGUUACCAAUCAAAACUUAAGAUCGGCAAGUAUAAUGAGUUCGAAAUCAGCACCUGGAAUCAUUAUGGCGACCGGAGUAAUGGGCAAGUCCCUAAAAGGAAUCCCUGGAGUAUACAUGAGUCGCGACGCAGGGCUAACGUGGAAGAGAAUCCUCAAAGACUACUACUUCUUCAACUAUGGCGACCACGGCGGCGUUCUCGUUGCGGUGAAAUACUUCAAAUCCCGCGGAGAAACCAGAAAGAUCCUGUACUCGACCAACGAGGGCAUCGAAUGGAACUCCUAUCAGUUCAAUGCCGACGACCUCCGCAUCUACGGACUGAUGACCGAGCCCGGCGAGAAUACAACCACCUUCACUAUGUUCGGCUCUGCUAAUGAACAACACCAGUGGAUAAUUAUAACCAUUGACCUACUUAAUACUUUCGCUCGGAACUGUACUAACGACGACUACAAAUUCUGGUCACCUUCGCCGCCAAAUUCUUCCGUGUCAUGCGUUCUUGGCCAGAGAGACACAUUCCAGAGACGACUCGCUCAUACAAACUGCUAUAAUGGAAUCAACUACGAUAGGCCCGUGCAAAAGCAAGUGUGUCAAUGUAGCAGACGUGAUUACGAAUGCGACUUUGGUUUCAUGCUCUCAGGAAACGAAUGUAUUCGUAACAAAACUGUCAAGACCGAUCCUUAUGCUACACCGCCUCAAUGUCGACCUGGACAUUUCUACACACGCACAAAGGGCUACAGGAAAAUCGAUGGCGAUGUAUGCACUGCUUCCGCUUAUUUGCCUUAUGAACCAGACGUAACUCCAUGCCCGAUAGGACUACCACAAGAAUUCUUAAUAGUCGCUUUGAGGGACAAAAUCGCACGCAUAGACUUGUCGGACAACUCUACCAUCGUCCCAGUGCAAGGCCAGAAGAACAUAGUUGCAGUUGAGUUUGACAUAAAGAACAAUUGUAUUUAUUGGGCUGACAUUCAGCUGGAUCAGAUCAGUCGCCAGUGCUUCAACAACGGAACGACACAAGAGGUCGUCGUUGAUACUGACCUAGCCAGCAUCGAAGGAAUGGCCUUAGACUGGAUUUCUAACGUCUUAUUCUUCGUUGACGGUAUGAGAAGGAAAAUAGAGGCUGUAAGGACUGACUUGACUAGUCAAGGAAGAAUGCGUGCGACUAUUUUAGAUGCCCAUGUAUUAUCGAAGCCCAGAGGCAUUGCCGUGCAUCCUAAAGCUGGAUAUCUUUACUGGACUGACUGGGACCGAAGCAACCCAUCCGUCUCAAGGUCAAACUUAGACGGAAAAGACGUGAAGAAGCUUUUUGGGAAACCGAUCGUACAGUGGCCUAACGGAAUCACAAUCGAUCAGAUGUCAGAAAGGAUUUACUGGGUCGACGCUAUGGAGGAUUACAUUGCCAGCGCAGAUUUGAACGGUCGUUACUUCAAGAGGAUAUUGUGGAACGACGAAAAAGUGUCGCAUCCGUUUGCCGUUGCAGUACUCAAGGACAAGAUGUACUGGGACGAUUGGAAAGCCAAGUCCAUCUUCAUAGCGGACAAAGAUACUGGCGCGAAUGUGGUGACGAUCAACGAUUCUCUAACUAGCUUGAUGGAUUUGAAAGUAUUUGCUCAUUUCGUCCAGCAUGGAAGCAAUGCUUGCUCAUAUAAGAACACAAGCUGCGAUACUCUGUGUCUCGGAGGGCCGGGCAAUACUUUCAGCUGCCUUUGCCCUGAUGGUUUCGAGAGGGUUAAUGGGAAGUGUAUUUGCCCUAAUGGUGUACAGGCUGCCCCGAAUAUGACAUGUCCUAAGAAACCUGACGGCUCCUGCAGUGCUGGCCAGUUCGCCUGCCAGAACGGGAUGUGCAUAGCUUCAGCGUGGAGGUGUGACGGAAAUAACGACUGUGGGGACCUGUCUGAUGAGCUAGGCUGUCAAUGUACGCCGCCCAUGAUCCCGUGCGAUGACGUCAAGUGCUUCUUACCUGCAUGGCGAUGCGACGGAGAUUUUGAUUGCGCUGAUUUGACUGACGAGAAGGAUUGCGGUCACCGCAACUGCACGGAGAAUGAAUUCCAGUGCGGCACAGGACAAUGCAUAGAGAAGAAAUGGGUUUGUGACGGCGAUAACGAUUGUAAAGACGGCUCUGAUGAACGGAACUGCACUAUCCCAAAACGUCCUGACACUGUGAACUGCUCAGUGAACGGGUUCGCUUGCGGCAGCGGCAGCGACGCCCUCUGUAUCCCCAGCUCGUGGGUGUGCGACGGAGAAAGAGACUGUCCUGGCGGCGAGGAUGAGCGAGACGAAAGAUGCAGGAACUCCACCUGCGCGCCGUAUAUGUUCAGGUGUCCAAGCGGCAAGUGUAUCUUCAAGGCUUGGGUUUGCGACGGCGAAAACGAUUGUAGCGACGACAACGCUUCAGACGAGAAAAACUGCACAAUCAUUGGCCAUUCGAAGUUAAUACCGCGACCGGCAACUGAAAACAAGCCUGAAUUCGCCUUAAACACUUCUUGCCUCGAAUGGAUGUUCAAAUGCGACAACGGCAACUGUCUUCCGUAUUGGUGGAGGUGUGACAGCAUCAACGAUUGCGGGGACAAUUCUGAUGAAGUGGGCUGUGGAAUGUUCACGCCUGAGACGAGCUCCGUGCGACCGGAACAUGAGGCGUUCUCUCCGAAAUGUGGGAAGGCCCAAUUUAUGUGCUCGCCGGGAGUAUGCAUACCCUUGCAAUGGGUGUGCGACACGGCAGAAGACUGCGCGGACGGUCUCGACGAGCGCGGUUGCAAGGACCCCAUCACACGUAUACAAACCUGUGCGGCCGACGAGACACCGUGUUUAGACGGGCGAGGGUGUGUGCUCAACUCCAAGCUGUGUGAUGGUCGGAGGGAUUGCAGCGAUGGAAGCGACGAGGCGACUUGUGGACGCAUUGGCCACAAACCAAGUGCGGAUUGCCCGAAUGGGUUUCUCUGCGAUGAUGGCACGCUCUGCGUGUCUCAAGGCUCCCUCUGCAACGGACACCAGGACUGUUACGACGGCUCUGACGAAGCCAACUGCUCCAGUUCUAGUGACUCCAUCAGGAAUACUCAGUUCCAAGGUAUGGGCGUGGAUCAGCUGUCGAUAAACUCGACGAGUUUCCUCAUAUCCUGCUGGAUGGCGCAACAGAAGAUGGUACAGUACAGCUUCCUGCCAUCUAUCUCCAAAGUCAGCGACGGCAUUUGGAAAAAUAUGACCUGGACCAAUGAUAGUAUUUACAGUUUUACUUACAGAUUCACCGACUUGGAGCCGUACACAGAAUACAACGUCACUUUCUACCUCCGAGAUAGCAAAUCUAAAACUAUUUAUGCGUCGAACAAGUACUACAAUACUACUACUGGAGAAGGAGUACCAUCUCCGCCCCGUCGCAUCGGCGUACGGCAGAGGAUAGGCCAUCGAGUGGACGUAUUAUGGGAUGCCCCAGAGCACCCUCGCGGCGUCAUACGCUCCUACACCAUACACUACGCCCCGCCUAUACCGCCGGUCAAGAAGGAAGUACCCAUGUUGUGGCACCCGCCGAACAACAAGUCCAUUUCUGAAACCAUCGACGGAUUCUUCAAACCAGAGACUAACUAUUCCUUCUGGGUAACAGCUCACAACGGUGCAUUCUCAUCCGAAUCAUCAGAGGUGGCGUACCUGGUGUUCGACGAUAUCGGCGACGUCGACGAUCUGGUCAACGUGAGCAUGUCCCGACUGAACGAUACCGCGGUCUAUCUCGAAUGGCACCAGAUCAGAGGCAUUGAAGGCUACUUCGUCAGAAUACUCGCGCCGAGGGAGUACGAUAUGUCCGACGUCGUCAAUACUACAGCUACUAAUAUAACAUUAAUCGACUUACCAACCGGCGUGCAAGUAUACGUGGACAUAAUGGCUUACAAGGGCGAUGUCUUCGGCAACCCCUUCACAAUUCCUCUACCUAUCGUGGGUAUCCCAGAUGAGAGUUUGAACCUUACUGCCAAGCUAAUAAAGGAGAGGCGAACGGCUGUAGAACUGUCGUGGACGCGGCCUACCAGUGAUAGAUAUAAGAACAAAGAGUUGGAGUACAGGGUGCACUACAGUCACUUGAAGAACGGCUUGACUAGUACGGGAAUGAUGCAUCCCCAGAAAUUGAUCACCAAGGACACAACUGUCAUCAUAAGCGGUUUCCACGCGUGUGAGAGUUACUUAUUCGCAGUGGGCCUACGCAGCGGUCCGCUCUCUAAGCCCGUGGAAAUUAUCACCAGGGAGAAUGCCAAAGCUCCAAUAAAGAAUCUUCACUUCAACUUCUUAGAGGACAAGUCUCAACUGGAGAUUAUAUGGAACGCCAAUUGUGAUGUGCUUCGUGAGCCUGUCGCUUACAAGCUGUUCAUAACAGAGGAGACUCGAGAGAAAGUGAGCAGGUAUCGGCUGAACCCGACGAUCAACACAACACUCACGCACAUCAUAAACGAUGUGCCGACCGGCGCGCGAUUCAAAAUCUGUAUUGAAGCCGACGUGAGCGGGUCUGCGGAGACGUGCGCGGCGGUGCGCAGCGGGCGCGUGGCGGCGCCGACCGGCGUGGUGGCGUGGCAGGCGCCCAACGGACACGUCAUGGUCAGCUGGCAGCCGCCCGCCGGGGACACGCUCGCCGAACACAAGUACGAAGUAAUAGUCUCAGAGAAGGAGAUUCCAGACGAUAUGUUGCACCCGACAAAAGAUAUGAAGACGGCCAUAGCGGAACACUCCCCGAUCCUCGUCGUGUCCUACACCACAGCCAGUCCCCUGUACGUCAGCGUCAGAACUGUCACCAAGGACGGGUACUACAGUGACCUUAGCGAAGUUCAUACGCUUAAUAUGGAAGGCAUGGCUGAGCCUCAAUCAGCAAUGGGCGCCAUAUGGUGGGGCGCGGGCGCGGCCGUCAUCGUGGGCAUCGCACUGGGAGGCGCCUUGCUGCACCUCGCCAUACGACACCGCCGGCUCACGCGCUCCUUCCUGAGGUUCACCUCGCACACACCGCGGUACGACAGUCGACGGGGACAAGCCACUAUUGGAGAUCAUGACGACGAUGACGUGCCUCCAAUCCACGGCUUCUCAGACGACGAGCCGCUAGUAAUCGCGUGAGCUGAAACAAUGUGAUGAAUGUGAUCUUGUCAUUAUCUAGUAUUCGUAUUGCGCCGCCUGAACUUCACAUCUACAUACUAAAAACAUUAAAAUUUUCGUAACAUUGUUUUCGAAAACUUAAGCACGAUUUAUACUAACACUGCACGUCCGCUGAGUGGAAUCGGACUGGACGCAAGCCGAUAUUUGCGAAUUGCUAUAUGUUGUCAUGGCAACGUACGGACAGAAUUUACCGAAUCAGUACAAAGCUAGAAAUCUUGGCCGUCCCUCCUCCGAUUCCACUCAAGUAGACGCGUAGCUUUAGCGUCGCUGUUCGAAGGUACCGAGAUUGGAGCUCUAGCUAUGUACAGUCAUGAGCAAUAUAAUAUACCCACUUUAGGACUCUGUCGCACUAACAUAUUUGACAUUUAGUGAGACUUACUAUUCAAUUUGUCAAAAAAGUUAAUGUGACAUGGUACCAAAGUGUAUACGUAUUAAUGUUCGUGACCGUACAGAUUAACACCAGUGUUGUGUACAGAUUCUGGGUACCUUCGCUCCAUUACGAUUAGUAUGAAUUAUGCCUAAUGCGCAAUGCCUUUAGAUAAGUAUAAAUUUAAAAAGUUUUCAAACCACGUGCACAUAGGAUUUGUGUUUAUUUUUUUUUAUUUUGUAUUUUUUUUUUCGUAAAUUGUAGGUGUAGUCCAGGCAUUUAGCCGCGCAUUGUAGACAAAUUUGCAUUUUAUUAUCAUUCGCUUGUGUUGUGAUGGUCGAUAUACUACAUCUCUUUCAUCUGUGCAUGUCACAGAACAACAAAAAGACAUAAGUAAAAAAAUAGUAAAACAUAUAUAAUGUAUUUCAUAUAAAAAUGUAAACGCUUUCCCUAAAUAUUAGCUUCGCUAUCACAAUGCAAAUUAAAGUUAAUGUUAUUGAAACAUAAUUAAUUGCCUACAAUUGCCCAGAGUAUUAUUAUGGUUUAUCAAUUAUAACUACUUAGUGAUGUUAAGGGACUAGAAAAAUGUUUACGUGUCUGAUUUUAUAUUUCUCAUCCGUAAAGCUAAUUGUAAACUUUGUAGGAUUCAGAAAUAUAAGAUUAAGCGUAGGCUAUGAAAAAAAGGGCUGUAAAUUGUAAAGACUUGUUAUUUUGUGAAUUUUUAUCUUCAUGUAUCUUUUGCUCAUCUCAUAAAAUUGUUGUAGAGAAAAGUAUAUAAUAACCGCAACUAUCUCAUUCAUUAUUUUAUUAUUAUUUUUAAAAGUUCGACACCAAAGAUCGUCGUAAGUACAAUUUAAAUAAUUUAUUGUAAACCCCUAAGGACUGUGUUGAACUUCUUAGUAUAAUUUCGUUAGUAGAUCUCGACAUUCCCCAUAAAUGUUUAUACAUUUUUUACUGUUUGUGUUUAGUUCCUAAAGUGUAUUGUAGACAUCAACGAAAAUGAUCAGUCUAGUAUGUUAUUUUUUAAUUUUCAAACAAAGUGUAUGGGCUGGUCUCUGAAACAGAAAGUAAAUAAAUAGGAACAUUAUAUGAACGAAUAAAACAAAUAAAAAUAA